CGUCGUCUAUUAGUUGUCAAAAGCAUUGGCGUUAACUUAUGAGAUGGUACUGUGGUCAACUGGGUGAGUUAUGACCACUAAGAUCGUAGAUUCAAGAGGAGGCAGAAUCUAAGCAGCCAAACAACCAAACCAAUGGGUUCCAAAGAAGUAUCACAUCCCAAGCCUCAUGCAGUAUUCGUCCCCUACCCAGCCCAAGGCCACAUUAAACCAAUGCUUCAACUAGCAAAACUUUUCAACCAUAAAGGUUUUCACAUAACCUUCGUUAAUACCGAAUUCAACCACAAUCGUUUUCUCAAAUCGCUUGGUCCAAACUCUCUUAAUGGCUUCCCUGACUUCAACUUUGAAACCAUUCCCGAUGGCCUACCACCUUCUGAUUCGGAAUCAACCCAAGAUAUCCCUUCUCUUUUCAAUUCCAUCAGAAAAAACUUAAGCUUGCCUCCAUUUCUUGAGCUCCUUGCAAAGCUCAAUAGCAGUGCUUCUUCUUGUUCUUCUUCUUCAAAUAAUAAUAAUAAUAAUAAUAAUGAUAUUCCUCCAGUCACUUGCAUUGUGUCGGAUCGUCUCAUGCUAUUCACCAUCCGUGCGGCUGAAGAACUUGGGAUUCCUAUUGUAUUGUUUAUUACAAUAGCUGCAAGUGUUUUCAUGGCACACAGCCAGCUUCCAGCUCUGGUAGAAAAAGGACUAGCCCCACUAAAAGAUGAGGUUUUUUUAACAAAUGGGUUUUUGGACAAAGUAAUUGACUGGAUUCCGGGAAUCAAAGACAUCCGUUUAAGGGAUAUUCCAACGUUUUCCCGGAUUAGAAAACCAGACGACAUCGUAUUCAACUUCCUGUUGGAAGCAGUUCAAGCCCUUCCCAAAGCUUCGGCAUUUGUUAUACAUAGUUUCUAUGAGCUAGAACCUGAAGUUAUUGAUGCUCUCUCAUCAGCUACAGCAAAUCCAAACAUUUUUGCCGUUGGGCCUCUUCAACUUCUUCUCAAUCACAUACAACAAGACUCCUCCUCUUCCUCUUCCUCUUCCAAACAAAUUGGAUACAGUCUCUGGAAAGAAGAAACAGAGUGCCUCAAGUGGCUUGAUUCCAAGCCACAAAACUCGGUUCUCUAUGUGAAUUUUGGCAGCAUAACUGUUUUGACACCGCAACAACUCUUGGAGUUCGGUUGGGGACUAGCAAAUAGCAAGCAAACAUUCUUGUGGGUAGUUAGGCCUGACUUAGUUAUAGGUGAUCAAGCUGUUUUGCCACCUGAAUUUGCUGACCAAAUUAAAGAAAUGGGUUUUAUAGCAAGUUGGUGUCCACAAGAUCAAGUUCUAAAUCACCCAUCGAUUGGAGGGUUUUUGACACAUUGUGGUUGGAAUUCAACCAUUGAGAGUUUAUCUGCAGGAGUGCCUAUGCUGUGUUGGCCAUUCUUUGCGGACCAGCCAACGAAUUGCAGACUUAUUUGCAAGGAAUGGGGAGUGGGAAUGGAAAUUGACAAUGAUGUUAAAAGAGAUGGAGUGGAGAAGCUUGUGAGAGAGUUAAUGGAGGGAGAAAGAGGUAAGGAAAUGAAACGCAAAGCCUUGGAAUGGAAGAAAUUGGCCCAAGAGGCAUGUGGUCAAAAUGGUUCUUCAGCAUUAAACUUGGACAGUUUGGUCAAGCAUGUUUGUUCAUAACUGUUAUUAUCUUUUUUUUUUUUUUUACUUUUUUUUUUUUUGUUGUUUUGCGCUCUUGUUCCUUUUUGUUUUUUUUGGCUUGGUUUUAGUUUUUGUUUUUCCGAUUUUGUUUAAAAUGCAAUGGCAUGCAACUGGAUUCCUCCCUC